AUGCUCUGCGCCACCAGCCGCCUCUUAGCGGCCAGGGCGGUGACCACAUUUCCCGCCCAGGCUAGAGCUCGGGGCUCCGCGCAACGAUGCCGCCGGCGAGAACUACAUUUCCCGGGUCACCCUGCGCUGCCCUUUUGUGACUUCUUGGCGGGGCGGGUGACAAGACCAAUCCUGCCACCGGGCCGGAGAGUUAUCCUGAGGAGGGGAAGGAUGCCGCCCGUAACGGGCGGAAGCCUGGCUGGAUCAGAGCUGCGGGCCCGGCGGGAUAGCUGUGGGCCGCAGGCUACUAGGGCGGUGGGCCCGGACGUGGCCUCUGAGAAUGCAGCGCGAAGCCCCAAACGGCCUGCUCAGGGCUCGUGGCGCCUUGAGGCAGCCGGUGGGUGGGCCCUGUUGGUCCUGGUGACGCUGCUGUCCUUCGCCACCCGCUUCCACCGUCUGGAUGAGCCACCGCACAUCUGUUGGGAUGAGACUCACUUCGGAAAAAUGGGAAGUUACUAUAUCAACCGCACCUUUUUCUUUGAUGUGCACCCACCUCUGGGAAAGAUGCUGAUAGGUCUUGCUGGCUACCUGAGUGGAUAUGAUGGUACCUUUUUGUUCCAGAAGCCUGGGGACAAGUAUGAGCACCACAGCUACAUGGGAAUGAGAGGAUUCUGUGCAUUCCUGGGUUCCUGUCUGAUCCCCUUUGCCUACCUCACUGUGUUGGAGCUCUCCAAGUCUCUCCCAGCAGCACUGCUCACCGCUGCCCUCCUCACCUUCGACACAGGAUGCCUCACUCUGUCUCAGUACAUCCUCCUUGACCCCAUCCUGAUGUUCUUCAUCAUGGCUGCCAUGCUGAGCAUGGUCAAGUACAACUCCUGCGCAGACAGGCCCUUCUCUGCCCCCUGGUGGUUCUGGCUCAGCCUGACUGGCAUAUGUCUCGCUGGUGCUCUAGGGGUCAAGUUUGUUGGCCUCUUUAUCAUCCUGCAAGUGGGGUUGAACACCAUUUCAGACCUUUGGCACCUGUUUGGAGACCUCAGUCUUUCACUGGUGACUGUGGGAAAACACCUGGCGGCACGCAUCCUCUGCCUCAUAGUGCUGCCCCUGGCUCUCUACACGGCCACUUUUGCUGUUCACUUCAUGGUGCUGAAUAAAAGUGGUCCUGGCGAUGGGUUCUUCAGUUCUGCCUUCCAGGCCCGGCUUUCAGGGAACAACCUUCACAAUGCCUCCAUCCCCGAACACCUGGCCUAUGGCUCUGUGAUCACGGUGAAGAACCUCCAAGUGGCCAGCGGCUACCUCCAUUCCCACCGGCACCUCUACCCCGAGGACAUUGGCGCCCGCCAGCAGCAGGUCAAUCCUCUGGAUCCUUCCUUUCCAGUGGAGUUUGUGAGACAUGGAGACAUCAUUCGACUAGAACACAAAGAGACUUCUCGGAACUUGCACAGUCACUAUCAUGAGGCGCCCCUGACCCGGAAGCACUAUCAAGUCACUGGCUAUGGCAUAAAUGGGACAGGGGACUCAAAUGAUUUCUGGCGGAUUGAGGUGGUAAACCGAAAAUUUGGAAACCGGAUCAAAGUGCUGAGAAGUCAAAUUCGUCUCAUCCAUCUGGUCACAGGUUGUGUCCUGGGCUCCUCAGGAAAGGUCCUGCCCAAGUGGUGAGUCUCUGGGGCUUUGAUGUACCAGUAAAAACUCAUGCUUUUCCUUCCUACAUUAUAAGGAAUAUACCAGAAGCCUUCAUUUCCCAGUGAUCAAUUGCCAAACAUCAGUCUGGACGUGCUGAAGCCUGGUUUUGCUGAGAUCUUGGUGGAGUCCCACAUGGUCAUGCUACAGGGGAACAAUGGCCUCAAACCCAAGGAUAAUGACUUCUCAUCCAAACCCUGGCACUGGCCUAUCAACUACCAGGGCCUGCGCUUCUCAGGGACCAAUGACACAGACUUCCGAGUCUAUCUGCUUGGCAACCCGGUGGUUUGGUGGCUGAACCUGUUGAGCAUUGCCCUGUACCUCCUCUCAGGGAGCUUCACUGCUGUGGCCCUGCAAAGAGGGGCCCACCUGCCAGCAGAGGUGGCAGGGCUGUCCCAGGUCCUGCUUCAAGGAGGUGGUCAGGCCCUGCUUGGCUGGAUGCUCCAUUACUUCCCGUUCUUUCUGAUGGGCCGGAUCCUCUACUUCCACCACUACUUCCCAGCCAUGCUCUUUUCCAGCAUGUUGACAGGGAUUCUAUGGGACACACUCCUGCGGCUCUGUGCCUGGCGGCUCUGUGCCUGGCACCUGGCUUCCUGCUCCCUGGCCAAGGGCAUCCAUGUAGGAGGAAUCCUGAGCCUGCUCCUGGGAACUGCCUACAGCUUCUACCUCUUCCACCCUCUGGCUUAUGGAAUGGUUGGUCCCCUAGCCCAGAACCCCCUCAGUCCAAUGGCAGGACUAAGGUGGCUGGAGUCUUGGGACUUCUGA